AUGCGAAGAACAAGAUCGGAGAGCCGGAGAGGAUGGUCAGUUGCGACGAAUGCGGAAGGAGCGGUACGCACCUAUGCGCUUCAUACAUGUUCUAAUCCCUUCAUCUCGGGUCCGUUAGGUCACCCGUCCUGCAUGCAACUUGACGAAAUAAGUGAAAACAUACAUUUAUACCCGUGGAAGUGUAUGGAGUGUAAGAAUUGUGAGAUUUGUCAAGAGAAGGGGGACGAUGUGCGUUGA